UAUUAGUAAUUAGUGUUGAUGUAACUUUAAAUGGUAUGCAACAAUAAAAAUUUAACUACGACGAUUUCAUCAACAUCGACCAGAUGUCACUUGAAUCGCAUCAUGACAUCGUAUUGGUGUUCGGCUCGAGGUUGCGGCAAUUUCGAAGGGUCCGUCGCGGUGUAAAGGUACUGCUUGGCCUUUAUCUUUGCAAUACAUAGUCAGUUGUAUUUUUCGAGUCGCGGAUGCGUUUAGUGUAUCUCAGUUAAGACUAAUAUCGUGCGGCAAGCCGUGCAUAUUGGCCGGGCAAGUACAAAAGCAGACAAUAAACUUAACGUUCCUCUGCUGCGUCAGUGUGGAACAUCGAAACAAAUCAGAGAAAGCAAGUGGCCCGCCAGUGAAAGAUAACCUACGACGACUCUGUUUGUUUGCUUAUGACAGACAGAGGUAUGGCUGAAAAUCAACAGAGCAGGUACGAAAAGUCUUUGGGACUCCUGACGACUCGAUUCGUUGGACUUUUGCAAAAAGCCAAGGAUGGUGUACUUGAUUUAAAAGUGGCUGCAGACCUUUUGGAGGUACGACAAAAAAGAAGGAUAUACGAUAUCACAAAUGUACUUGAAGGAAUAGGUUUAAUUGAAAAAAAAAGCAAAAACAGUAUUCAAUGGAAAGGAGCAGGACCAGGUUGUAACUCCCAGGAAGUUGGAGAAAAGCUUUCUGGUUUAAAAGAAGAAAUAAAAAAAUUAGAAGAACAUGAAGAAAUGAUUGAUACACAUACACAAUGGGUCAAGCAGAGUUUGAAAAAUGUUCAAAAUGAUUCUCAAAAUAGAAGGUAUCUUUAUAUGCAAUAUGAAGACUUGAAAGAAACUUUUGAAAAUAAACUUAUCAUGGUGGUACAAGCUCCAACCGAUACAAAAUUAGAAGUUCCAGAUAUUAGUCAAGCUUCGGAAGAAAUUAACAAUGAAGAUUUCAGUUGUGAUAUGCACCUUAAGAGCAAUACGGGCGAAAUAUCUGUUUACAUUGUUCAACCAAAAUUAGCAGAAUCUUAUGACAAAAAUUGUAUGAAAGUAAGAAUUGAGCCAGAAACUAAAAAAAUCAAACUAGACAAAGAAAACGAAGAUAAAAAAGUAGAUAUAAAACCAAAGAAAAAGGGGAGACCACCUAAAAAUGCAAACAAAACUGAGACGCAAGUGUCUGAUGAUGAAGAUGAAGAAGAUCAAGAUAUGUUAGAGGCCAAAAUAGUUUUACGAGACAUAGACCUGACUGGUUAUACUUUGCCAAAUUUAGAUUUCAUUGAUGAAUUAUAUUCUGGAGUUUGUGGUCCUAUAGUCAGGCUUAGUCCACCACCAGAAGAAAGAGAUUAUCAAUUCAAUCUCAGUGACUCAGAGGGCCUAUGUGAUCUUUUUGAUAUAACAGCAAAUUAAGGAUUAUAUAUUAGCUUAGGAUUUUGUAUUAGUUUUUUUUUUAUUAGAAUGACGUAUAAAACCAAUUACAGUCAAUUGAAUUUGUGAUCAAUGUACGUCUUGUUAUUGAUAAACUAAAUUUGUGUAUAUAAUUUAGUCUUGAUUUGGUUUUGAGUUAAUGCAGCAUGUUUAAAAGUUGGAUUGAUUAAAACAAAGAACUUCCAGAAAUAUUUUUACAUUGUAAUAAUUUAUCAUAAAUGAAUUUUUUCAAUUAUUUCGACCUAGAAUCAUGUUUAAGGUUCAAUAAACACUUUUCUUUUAGUUAUUUUUUUAAAUUUAGCUCUGAUUAUAUCAUUUACAAUAAAUUUUUCAUUAUAAAUUUUAUUCAAACUGUAAAUGAAAAGCGAAUUUUAUAUUUUUAAAAGAUACUUGUCAAAACUGUUAGCAUUAUUCAAAUGAUAGAAAUCUGCGUUAAAGUAAAGAUAUAAAACUUGAAAAAUAUAGUAAGAUAUUUUAUAAAUAUUGUAAGUAUUUUUGAACAUUUUUUUGCAACAUUAAGUCAACAUAAAUGUUUUACUUUAACUAUAUUUAUGUUGUUAAAGUAAUUUCAAAAUGAUUUAAUUGGUGUACUUAUUCAAUCCUCAUUGAUGAUAGGAAUCAAUAUUUUCAAAAAUAAAGCUAUAUAUAACAGAAAAAAUGUGUAUAAAGAAAAAACUUGAUGAUUUUUCCACCAGAAUUGCAUGACCAUUUUUUCAUUGGAAAUUUUUGAAUUGUUAUUUUUCUUCAAUAAAAACUGUACCUAUACUUUUUAAUAUUUUGAUAAUGAGUCAUAUCAUAGAUUAGCCAUCUUCCUUGGUAUUUAUAUUGCUCAUGGCAAAAUGAUCUGUAAUAAAUUAUGCUUUUACAAUCGAA